GGGGGGGGGGCGGGGGGGGCCGAGGGGGGAGGCCCGGGAUGGUUCACCUUCUUUUACCUCUAAAGAGAGUUCUAGGAGUUCAUAAAGAACUCCCACCAUUCCUGCCAACGAUUGUGUCUACGGUUCCUUUUCUUCCAGCAGGUCUGACAUCCGAAGGCAAAAACAAACAAACAAAACCGGAAACGACAUCGGAAACUGCGUGAAAGCUCCCCAGGGAAGCGGAGCCCGGGGCCUCGGGGCUCCCGUCCGGCCGCGGCCCCUUUAAGAACCUCUCGGGGGACCGUCGUCCGCCCCACGCGGACCCCGGCUCUCACCGAAGCCGGAGCCGGACUUCCCCCUCUGGACUCCGAGAAGACCAACUUUGGAUUUUCCCUCCGGUGCGGACCAAUCAGCUGCUGUUGCCAGGCAGACUUCGGCGGCCACCCGUGCGAGUCCCCCGCGCCUUCCCGUCUCCGGGUGGUGGCGACGGCCAAUGAGCGAGCAGGCCGGCCGUGUAUCCGGGCAGACCCCGGCUCUUACAACCAUUCAGAAAAAGGAAAAUAAAGCAACGCGCGAGCCCGCCGCCGAGCCGGGACGGCGGGGCUGGGCUGGAGUGAAGGUGGCUGCCAGCUCUAGCCUUCAUGCAGGAAUGGCAGAAGAUGAGCCUGAUGCUAAGAGUCCUAAGACUGGGGCAAGGGCCCCUCAAGGUGGUACUGAUGCUGGGGAACCUACCACACUUCUUCAAAGGCUCCGGGGUACCAUUUCCAAGGCCGUGCAGAACAAAGUAGAGGGAAUUCUGCAAGAUGUACAGAAAUUUUCAGACAAUGACAAGCUCUAUCUCUACCUUCAGCUACCUUCAGGGCCCAGCACUGGAGACAAAAGCUCAGAGCCAAGUACACUCAGCAAUGAAGAGUACAUGUAUGCCUACAGGUGGAUCCGCAACCACCUGGAAGAGCACACAGACACCUGUCUACCAAAACAGAGCGUUUAUGAUGCUUAUCGGAAGUACUGUGAGAGUCUUGCCUGUUGCCGCCCACUAAGCACAGCCAACUUCGGCAAAAUCAUCAGAGAGAUCUUUCCUGACAUCAAGGCCCGAAGACUUGGUGGCCGGGGUCAGUCUAAAUAUUGCUACAGCGGCAUUCGAAGGAAAACCUUGGUGUCUAUGCCACCCUUGCCUGGACUUGACCUAAAGGGUUCAGAAAGUCCAGAAAUGGGCCCAGAAGUAACCCCAGCACCUCCGGAUGAGUUGGUAGAGGCAGCCUGUGCCCUGACCUGUGACUGGGCAGAGCGGAUCCUGAAACGGUCCUUCAGUUCCAUUGUUGAAGUUGCCCGCUACCUUCUCCAGCAGCACCUCAUCUCUGCACGAUCUGCACAUGCCCAUGUGCUUAAGGCCAUGGGGCUAGCCGAAGAGGAUGAUCCUGCCCCUCGGGAAAGGUCAUCUAAAUCCAAAAAUGGUGCAGAGAAUCUGGAAGGUGGAGUCCAUAAGAAACCAGAGAGACUGGCUCAGCCUCCUAAGGAGCUGGAAGCCCGGGCUGGGGUGAGCCCUCCAGUGCGUGGUGAGCGGAAGAAGAGUGUAAUUGAGAGCUCAGCCUCAGCACCCAGUAAUCCACAGGUCAAUGCCCUCGUGGCCAGGCUGCCUCUGCUCCUUCCCCGCGUCCCUCGAGCACUGAUUCCACCAAUCCGAGUCUCUUCACCCAUCCUGGCCCCCAAGAUUUCUUCAAGCACACUGAAAGUGGCGACACUGCCUCUGCCCAGUAGGGCUGUAGGACCACAAGCAGCGGUACCCAUUAUUAACAUGUUCUUACCAACUGUUCCUGCUUUGCCUGGGCCUGGACCUCAAUCUGGGCCAGGCCCAGGGCGAGCCCCACCUGGGGGACUUACUCAGCCCCAGGGCACAGAGAACAGGGAGACAGGCAUAGGUGGUGACCCACGACCUCAUGACAAGGCUGUCAAGAGGACGGCUGAAGUACCAGGGAGUGAAGCCAGUGGGCAGGAACCAGCAGUUAAAGCAGCAAAGCAGGAUACAGAGGAUACAGUAAGUGAUGCCAAAAGAAAACGGGGGCGCCCUCGAAAAAAGUCUGGUGGAAGUGGGGAAAGACAUUCCACCCCUGAGAAGUCAGUAGCUGCCACGGACUCUGCCCAGGCCUCAAGGUUACCGUGGGAGACGUGGAGUUCGGGAGGGAAAAGCAAUUCAGCUGGAGGGUCAGAGGCGCCAGGGCCAGCAGGAGAGGUGGAGCAAGAGGCAGCGCUUGCCCUUGCUCAGGAAGAUGUUGCUGGUUCCAAAGGAGGAAGGGCCCCCAGUCUGCAGCAAGCCAAAGACACCGAAGAUAAAACUCCUCUUGUCCCCCCAAAAGUAAGUGUCAUCAAGGGCAGCAGAAGCCACAAGGAGGCUCUUCAGUUUGUAAAAGGAGAGGUAGACACUGCAGCACAGAAAAAUAAAGGCUUCAAGGGGCACAUGCUUCAAAGAUCUUUAACCCAUGAGCGGAAAGAUCCUAAAGCAACUCCCCCGUGAUAGGCCUGUAGGGAAGAGUGGCUAGAACUACAUGCUAAGGACCUGAUCGCCUGCUAGAGACCCUUUCUCUGCACUUGCUUCACACUUGGCUAUUUCCCUAAGGGAAUCCAUUGUCCUCUGCAUAGACAGCUGAGUCACCCAGUAUUACAUAGUGCCUGGUGGCUGCUUUUAACCUUUCUAGCUCAAUACUUUAGUGUAACCCACAAAUCUGUAGUGGCCUUCUGAUCUGGAUUCCUUUGCUCUCCUCUGGGAAAGCAAGGGUAUGUAUGAUGAAUGUAUAACUUAAGGAUCUUCUAAUUUUUAAUCAUAAACUAACUCAAACUCAUUUGAGAUAAAGGGAUUUAUUGGCUCAUGUAACUGAAAAUCUAGAAGUCGUGCUGGCUCUAGGUGAAACCUGACCUGGUUGCUCGGUCGGUUUGUUUCCAAAAACCUGAUUGAUUUUUGGUCUCACUGCUCCACCUAAUGUAAACCAUCUUAAACCCAGGUCACCUCAAUAGCUGCCAGCAUGCCUAAGAUUACGUUAGCCCAUUUAUGACCAACCAGAAAGAAAGGGUAUCUUUGUGCCAGAUAUCCUAGCAAAAGACUCACUCUGAUUAAGCCACAUGUCCACCCCUGACCAAUCAGCGUGGCCAGGAGGAUGGUAAGCAGCUAUGUUUAUACCACACCUUUAGGGGAAAAGGGUAGAAUCAGCCUCCCAGUCAGAUUCCACAGAUGAAGACUGGGCCAAGGGUUUCUGGGAGGCAGCUGACAUCCCUCAACAACUACCAAGUGCAUGUAUUUUAAGCUUGCUAAGUCCAGAUCAGCUAGACCUACAGCCCUUCCCCCUUAGUCUUGCAUUUCCCUUACUGCAGCAAUAGCUUUCCUUUUGAUCUGGCCUC